AGGACUCACACAGGAGAGAAACCUUUUGAAUGUCAUGAUUGUGGGAAAAGUUUCAGUUACAAUUCCGAACUGGUAAGACAUCAGAUAACUCACACGGGAGAGAAACCCUUUGAAUGUCCUCUUUGUGGGAAAAGUUUCAGUCAGAAUUCUGACCUGGUGAAGCACCAAAGGACUCACACAGGAGAGAAACCCUUUGAAUGUCGUCUUUGUGGGAAAAGUUUCAGUCAGAAUUCCAGUCUGCUGAAUCAUCAGAGGACUCACACAGGAGAGAAACCUUUUGAAUGUCCCGUUUGUGGGAAAAGUUUCAGUCGGAAUUAUCUCCUAGUGAUUCAUCAGAGUACUCACACAGGAGAAAAACCCUUUGAAUGUCCUCUUUGUGGAAAAAGUUUCAGACAGAAUUAUGACUUGGUGAUACACCAGAGGACUCACACAGGGGACAAACCAUUUGAAUGUACUGUUUGUAGGAAAAGUUUCAGUCAGAAUUCUCAUCUGGCAGAACACCAGAGGACUCACACAGGAGAGAAACCCUUCGAAUGUCCUGUUUGUGGGAAAGGUUUCAGCCAGAAUUCCAACCUGGUAACACAUCAGAGGACUCACACAGGAGAAAAACCCUUUGAAUGUUCUAUUUGUGGGAAAAGUUUCAGUCAGAAUUCUGACCUGCUAAAACACCAGAGGACUCAUCUAGGAGAGAAACCCUUUAAGUACCCUGAUUGUGCGGAAAGUUUCAGUGAUAAUUCUUACCUGGCAAAACACCAGAGGACUCAAAUAGGAAAGAAACCCUUUGAAUGUCCUGUUUGUGGGAAAUGUUUCAGUCAGAAUUCUCACCUGGAAAAACACCACAGGACUCACACAGGAGAGAAACCUUUUGAAUGUCCUCUUUGUGGAAAAAAUUUCAGGCAGAAUUCUCAUCUAGUGAGCCAUCAGAGGACUCACACAAGAGAAAAACCCUUUGAAUGUCCUGUUUGUGGGAAAAGUUUCAGUCAGAAUUCUUACCUGGUAAAACACCGGAGGACUCAUACAGGAGAGAAACCGUUUGAAUGUCCUGAUUGUGGGAAAAGUUUCAGGCAAAAUUCUCACGUAGUGAGCCAUCAGAGGACUCACACAACAGAAAAACCCUUUGAAUGUCCUCUUUGUGGGAAGAGUUUCAGUCAGAAUUCUUACCUGGUGAACCACCAGAGGACUCAUACAGGAGAGAAACCCUUUGAAUGUCCUGAUUGUGAGAAAAGUUUCAGUCACAAUUCCAGCCUGGUAAAACACCAGAGGACUCACACAGGAGAGAAACCCUUUGAAUGUUCUGUUUGCGGGAAACGUUUCAGUCAGAAUUCCAACCUGAUGAAACACCAGAGGACUCACACAGGAGAGAAACCCUUUGAAUGUCCUGUUUGUGGGAAAAGUUUCAGUCAGAAUUCCAGCCUGGUGAGCCAUCAGAGGACUCACAAAGGAGCAAAACCCUUUUAAUAUUCUGAUUAUGGAACAGUUUCAGUCGGAAUUCCUGACUACUGAAUCAUCAGAAGAUUGACCCAGGAGAGAAACCCUUUGCAUGUGUGGAAUAUGGGAAAGUUUCAAUGGGAAUUCUGACCUUGUGAAACACCAGAGGACUCACACAGGAGAGAAACCUUUUGAGCAACCUGAUUGUAUAUUUCAGUCAGAAUUCAAACCUGGCGAUAUACUGGAGGACUCAUAGAGACUAAUCUGUCUGUGGAUGAUGCUACUGGCAUAAAUAGUUCCUUAUUGCCCACAUGGAAAUCCAACUAAGGGAAAAGUUGAUGAGUUUAUAGAAGGCUUUAAUUUCAUUUCUCAUCUCUCAUUAGGAAUGUA